GGAGCAAGGGGGCGUCCACGUCGUAGCCUGAGGGACCGCAGGCGGUCUGCAACUGCUGCUGCCGCUGUGCGACGGACACAAUCAGGUAGCCCUUCUCCAGUUGGGGCACUGUGCUUCUACCCCAGCUGACUCCAGAUCGCUAGCCCUUGGCUCAGAACUCUUGGAGGUGGCACCAUGCCUGGUGCCUCUAGGGCUCCCGCAGCAUCCCUUUUCCCCGCCAAAGAAAACGGUUGCAGAAUUGCAGUGCUCGGAGGUGCCUCCAAGAGCUGUGAUUCUAUUGAGUGAUUGCUUUUGCCAAUUUCUCUCUUAAAACCUAGACAGGAAAGACAAACUCCCAGCGCUUGCUGAAGUUUGAUGAGGAGAACAUAGAAGCUUCCUGGGUCAGACCAAGUUUUCACAUUCUACAAUUUCUCAGUCCCCUCCUAAGUCCGCCCUGCUCUCGUGAAAAGGAUUCUAACAGGAGACACUGAGCCUCCUGUUGCUUGCAGCUUUUGCACGUCAAGUAUUCUGCAUAGAACUCCGCUCCCUAAGGGUUUGCGUGGAAGGUUUAACCCCAGAAGAACGAUGGAUAAUAUUCUGCAGAGUAAUUCAGACCUUGCCCUCUCCCUAAAUGAAUCCUCCAACAUCUCAGAACCCAACCAGUUUGUGCAACCGGCCUGGCAGAUCGUUCUCUGGGCAGCUGCCUACUCUGUUAUUGUGGUGACCUCCGUGGUGGGCAACGUGGUGGUGAUGUGGAUCAUCUUAGCCCACAAGAGGAUGCGGACAGUGACCAACUACUUCCUGGUGAACUUGGCCUUCGCAGAAGCUUCUAUGGCCGCCUUCAAUACGGUAGUGAACUUCACCUAUGCCAUCCACAAUGAGUGGUAUUACGGACUGUUUUACUGCAAGUUUCACAACUUCUUCCCGAUCGCUGCUGUCUUCGCCAGCAUCUACUCCAUGACCGCUGUCGCCUUCGAUAGGUACAUGGCAAUUAUCCACCCCCUCCAGCCUCGGCUGUCAGCUACUGCCACCAAAGUGGUCAUCUGUGUCAUCUGGUCCCUGGCUCUCCUGCUUGCCUUCCCCCAGGGGUACUACUCCACUACAGAAGACAUGCCCAACCGAGUGGUGUGCAUGAUUGAAUGGCCAGAGCAUCCCAGCAGGGCUUAUGAGAAAGUGUACCACAUCUGUGUGACUGUGUUGAUCUACUUCCUCCCUCUGUUGGUGAUUGGUUAUGCAUACACCGUGGUGGGGAUCACCCUCUGGGCAAGUGAGAUUCCUGGGGACUCCUCUGACCGUUAUCAUGAGCAAGUAUCUGCCAAGCGCAAGGUGGUCAAGAUGAUGAUUGUGGUGGUCUGCACAUUUGCCAUCUGCUGGCUACCCUUCCAUAUCUUCUUUCUCCUGCCCUACAUCAAUCCAGAACUUUAUAUGGAGAAGUUCAUCCAACAAGUCUACCUGGCCAUCAUGUGGCUGGCCAUGAGCUCCACCAUGUACAACCCCAUCAUCUACUGUUGCCUCAAUGACAGAUUUCGCAUUGGCUUUAAGCAUGCCUUCCGGUGCUGUCCGUUCAUCAAUGCUACAGAAUAUGAGGGUCUUGAAAUGAAGUCUACUCGUUAUCUGCAAACCCAAGGCAGCGUGUAUAAGGUCAACAGAAUUGAGACCACUGUCUCUUCGAUUGUUGGGGUCAAUGAGGAUGAGCUGGAAGAUGGCUCUAAGGUCAAACGCCUAUCCCUAGACCUCACUUCCAAUGGUUCCUCCAGAAGUAAUUCCAAGACCAUGUCUGAAAGCUUCAGCUGCUACUCCAACACUCUCUCCUAAACCUGGACCAAGUGGGGCAGCUAGCCAAAAAUUGCUGCCUUCCACCUACACCCCAGGCCUUCAUGAGCACAUUCACCAAGGUGCACCCAUGUCACCGUCUUUUUUAAAAUUAUUAUUUCUUUUCAGACGGGCAUGACAUUCAUGAGCUGGAAGGCAUCUGACAUUUCCCAAGGAUGGGGCCUGUGGAAAGUAAUGGUGUGAGGAACUGAAAGAUCACUGGAGCUGGUAAUCUGGUUCUAGUCCAGCUUCUUCCACUAAUGGGUUACGUGGCCUUAGGAACAUCAUUUAAUCCUGUGGGCCUCAGUUCCUUGCUCCAUUCAAUAAGAUGGCUGGAUGAAACAUCCUCUAACAUUCCUUGCAGAUGUAAGAUUCUAUAUAGGAGCUAAUGAAUAAACACUGAAGAAAACACAGGUGGCAGGGAGAGAUGACAAAUCACUCCCCUCAAAUAUCGCAUGAAAUUGUCCUUCCUCCAGACAACAACUGACUCAAUGCUACUCUUUACUCAAAGAGGUAAGGGGGAAAAGGAACAUUUUAGAUGCCAGAAAUGGUGAUCAGGAUGGAGAACAUGAAUGUCUACAAGUAGUUCCUAAUAGCCCAUCAGUUCAUCAAAUUCAGCUAGCCUUGAGGUGACAUCAUCAGCUUCUUCUAUGAAACCUUUUCUGGGUCACUGCCUUAAUCGAUUUCAGCAGAAUUGAUCCAUUAGCACAAUCUAACAUCUGUCAAGAACCAGGAGUCAAGAGGCCAGACUUUACUGCAAACUGAGUAAUCUCAGGCAGAUCACUUCUCUCUGGGCCUCAGUUUCCUCUUUUGUGAAAUGGAAGGGAGUUGAAUCAGUCGGUCUGUAAGAUCCUAUCCAGGUCUCACAUUGUAUUUUCUAAGUUAUCAACAGCUCUCAUGAUUUUGUGAUCCAGUGGCCCAACCUAUUCAAAAAUACCCGAUAAAUUGUGUUAUCUUGGACAAAUCUUUUCACUUUUCUGGACUUCAGCUUCCACCCCUCUAUAUAACAAAGGAGAGUUGGGAUUAAAUGGCCUGUCUGACCUUUUCCAACACUGACUUUCUGUUCCAUGUCCAGAAUAUUCUAGAUUCUAAGGUACAUUCCACAUCUGACAUUCCAUAUUCUAUCUUCUAAGAUCCCUCUAGCUCUAACAUUCCAUGACUUUAUGAUUUAGAGGUCCCACCUGACCAAAAAUAUUUAAUAAAUUAAAGGACUUUGAGCAAGUUAUUAGACCAUUGUGGGCCUCAGUUUUCUCCUCUGUAAUUGGGAGGGAAUAUUUCAAGGCCCACAAUUGAAGGUCAUUACCAACACAACAAAGGUUUGGUCAAAGCAAGACUGAGCAGUCACACAAGGAUAACCAGAAUACAGAGAGCAGUAGAUGCCAGAAACCAAAACCAGUGACACUCAAGGAUUAUUUGUUAUACUCUCAAGGAGUGUAAUAUAGAAGUCAGCAUACAGAUGGCACAGUACACUGUACAGAUAACCUCCCAGUGAGGUGAAGGGUCAGUACCUUGGGCAACUAGGAACAUGGAAUUAGACACCUAAGAACAAAGAUGACUGGGACUAACGCAGGCAUCUUGGAGUCUGUGGGAGUUGUUGGCAUUUUGGACCCCAACCCCACUAUAACCACUAGCCCAAUUUUUUCCAUGCCUCCUGAUGCCUUGACUGUGUUCAUCAAUAUGAAGGACAAAGAAAUGUGACACUAGUUGAUCUCCAAGGUCCCUUCCAAUGGACACUCUGUGUUCAAUGGUCCCUUCUAUCUCUGGAAUUCUAUGAUUCUA